AUGAUGGGGCUGAGGUUGGCAUGGCUGCUCUGGGCCUACGCGUGCUGCUGGAGUGCUGGCUUUUGUGGGAAGGUGGUGGUCUGGCCCACGGAUGCAAGUCACUGGAUCAAUGUGAAAGUGCUGCUGGAAGAGCUUGUUCUGCGGGGUCAUGAAGUGACUGUGCUGGUGGCCUCCAGCAAUCUGCUCAUUGACUACCGAGACACUUCCUCCCCCUUCACCUUUGAGGUCCUGCAAGUCCCCUUCACCCAGCAGAACCUGGUUGAUGUGAUGGAGGAUUUCCUCAAUUUCUGGAUGAACGAGAUCCCUAAACUCUCCUACUGGGAGAUGAUGCAGAGGCUGCAAAAGGACAUAGAGGAAUUUUCUGACUUGUCUAAGCAGACCUGUGACACCUUGGUGACGAACCCUCAGCUGAUAGCAAAGCUAAAGCAGGCCAAGUUUGAUGUUCUGAUUGCUGACCCCUUGGCUGUCGGCGGGGAGCUUGUAGCAGAAAUCUUGGAAAUCCCUUUUGUCUACACCUUGCGCUUCUUUUACGGCAAUGUGCUAGAGCGGCAGUGCGGUGGGCUCCCAUCCCCACCGUCUUACGUGCCUGCUAGCACCAGUGGGCUGACAGACCAGAUGUCCUUCCUGGAAAGGCUGCAGAACUUCCUCUCUUACUUUUCCAUGGAUUUACUGUUCUUGAAGUUUUGGCGAGACGAAUGGGAUGGGUACUACAGUAAAGUCCUCG